UCCUGCACGGAGACGCUCGUGAUACCUCUUCCUCUCGCUUCGUUCGUGUCUCCGGCACACAGUGCAUCCUGGUGAUCACCAGGCGAGUUCCGAAAACGAACCCUUAAAAUUGGCUUAUUCCAUACCGACAAACCUGGCGCGCUCAUAUAAUGCGGUAAAUCGCGCAAAGCAAGUCAAUGCUAACGAGAGACAGUGGAAGGUUCAAACGUGUAAGAACGUAAGAAUGUAAUAAUUUCGAAGAAAUUGAAGAUUGUGCAGUAACUUUUGGUGGAGGGCGGUCCACAAUGUUGGUACCGCCUGAUAUGAUUUCGUCCCAUUCGAGGAUGGUCUAUCAGUUUAACAAAUACUUCAGCGAACGGGUGAUGACCCGAAAAAGUCAGGUGGCAAAGACGAUUCAAGAGGUGUGCCGAGUAGUGCAGGACGUUCUGAAGGAAGUGGAGGUGCAGGAGCCGAGGUUUAUCUCGUCCUUGACGGACUACAACGGCCGAUUCGACGGUCUCGAUGUGAUCUCGCCGACGGAGUUCGAGAUUGUCAUCUACCUGAAUCAAAUGGGCGUGCUAAACUUCGUGGACGAUGGCACCCUGCCGGGUUGCGCCGUUCUGAAACUCAGCGACGGCCGCAAGAGAUCCAUGUCUCUCUGGGUCGAGUUUAUUACCGCGUCUGGUUACCUGUCAGCUAGAAAGAUACGUUCGAGGUUUCAGACUUUAGUAGCGCAAGCCUGCGACAAAUGUACGUAUCGGGAUUCGGUAAAAAUGAUUGCCGAUACUACCGAAGUGAAACUACGGAUACGAGAGCGAUACGUGGUACAAAUCACACCAGCCUUCAAAUGUCCCGGACUCUGGCCCAGAUCGGCUUCCCAUUGGCCGAUCGCGCACAUACCCUGGCCACAUCCGAACAUCGUUGCCGAGGUGAAAACGGAAGGUUUUGAUAUGCUUUCAAAAGAGUGCAUAGGUCUGCAGGGCAAACAGUCCGCUAUGGAGGGCGACGCUUGGGCGUUGUCUUUCAUCGACGCGGAGAAUCGAUUAUUGCAAGGCGCGUGCAGAAAGCGUUGUCUCAGUAUAUUAAAGACACUGAGAGACCGGCAUCUUGAUCUGCCGGGUAAUCCGGUCACUAGUUAUCACAUGAAGACUCUGCUGCUUUACGAGUGUGAGAAACAUCCCCAUGAGGCCGAGUGGGAUGAAGGUUGCCUGGCUGAGCGAAUAAACGGCAUUUUUCUGCAGCUGAUUUCUUGUCUGCAGUGCCGCAGGUGCCCACAUUACUUCCUACCGAAUCUCGAUCUCUUCAAAGGAAAAUCGCCCAGCGGUCUGGAGAACGCGGCUAAACAAGUAUGGAGACUCACCAGAGAGUUGCUAACCAACAGUCGCGCGCUCGAGAAACUGUAGUUGCCAACGAUCUGACUGAUUAUCGUACAACUUUUGUAAACUGAUCUCGCAAUUUUAUUCUACGUUCCUGUACUUGCUGAUUUCAUUGCUGACUUCAAGUCAGCGCGGAUAAGAUGUAUCUACGUAAUGUUAUGCGGAGAGACUGUGGAAGAAACAUCAUUAACUCUAAAAAAAAGUGAUGUGAAAGAACAUAUGUUUAAGAAAACAUAUUUCUCUUGAAAUUUGUUAUCUUCAAUGUAUUACCGAAAUAUCGGGAAAAAUUUAGCCAUGAAAACUGGCCUGAAGUUUCCUGAAUUUCGCAGAAUCCUAGAAUGUUUUUUUUCAACGUCCCAAAAAAUGUUUGUGCGUGUAUUUGGAGAAGCAAGUCUGGCAAGAAUAUUUGCGCGUGUAUGUGAUGUUUGGUGAUUGCUCGCAGACGAUCGAAUUAGUGCCAUAAAAAACUUUGACAUCAGAGACAGGUUUCGUUUCUACUGUCGAUGCGAAAUAUUUUGUUAAUUAUAGAUAGUCGCAGAGAAAAUUAUCACUCACAACAGAUGAUUCGUUAUAACGACCGAUUGCAUCAUCGUGCUAAUAUGUGAGUGCAUAAUAACCUUUAACCGGUGUUGAAUUUAAAAGAAUACGAGUUUCGAAUAAGAAAACCUAUCUCUAUUAACUUUUUUUUUUUUAAUUAUUUCUAAACACGAUGGCUUCGUACAAUAACUCGCGACACUUGUAACUUUUUUACAAAUUUUCACAUAUGAGAUUGCAAGAACUGCCAACUUAGCGUCUUUACAGAAUUAACGUAAUUGCUCACACACGUAUAGUUAUACUCAAUCAAUGUUUAACGUUUUCUGCAGAAUUUUUCUGCGUAUCGAUUAUUAGGAUUAACACGAAUCUUGCAGUUUUACAACCGAAGUGAUCGGUUAAAGGUUAAUCGUUUGUUUCUCUCUUUUAUUAAUUUCCUCCGCGCCUACGUCUAUGUAAAUAAAACUUUGGAAGAUAUUUAUUGAACUGUAACGAGAAAAAUGUGAAAUACAAUGCUAUUUAUAUG